UCCUGAACGAAGGUUAGAAAAACUUUGCUGUAUUUCACAACGUUCAUAUUCGUUUCAGAUUAAUGGAAAACUACACUAUCAACAGCUUCAUCCUGCAGCUGGAGGGAGUACAAAUCACAGAUGACUCCAUGUUCCCUCUCUUUUCGUUUUUCCUUUCCUCUUACCUCUUCAUUAUAGUGAUCAAUGUAGGAAUUCUAGUUCUGAUUUUGAUUGACAAAAGCCUCCAUCAGCCCAUGUAUCUCCUGUUUUGUAACCUGCCUGUUAAUGACAUCCUUGGAAACUCAGUUACGGUGCCUCGGUUCCUGGUGGACAUGGUGAGGCCUCCUUCUCAGCGCCUCAUCUCCUACUACGAGUGUGUGCUCCAGGCUUUCACCACCCACCUGUCUGGCACUGCCUGCCACACUGUGCUCAUGAUCAUGGCCUUCGACAGGUAUGUGGCCAUCGGCAGCCCUCUGCGCUACGCCUCCAUCAUGAGCGGUAAGAUGGUGGUGAGGCUGACGCUCAGUGCCUGGGGAGCUGCCUUUGUUCUGGUGGCUCUUCUGCUCGGUCUGACUGUUCGACUGAACCGAUGCAGGACCUUUAUUGCUAAUCCUUAUUGUGACAACGCAUCGCUGUUCAAACUCUCCUGUGACGAUGUGUCAGCUAACAACAUCUACGGCCUCACCUUCACUGUGGUGCUGUUUACAGGUUCCAUAGGCAGCAUGGUUCUGACCUACAGCAAAAUAACGCUGGUCUGUCUGCGCAGCAGAAACAGGUCCCUGAACAGUAAAGCCUUGAAGACCUGCAGCUCUCAUCUCUUUGUAUAUCUUGUUUUGUCUCUAUGUGGACUCUUCAUCAUUAUCCUUCAUCGAUUUCCUCAGCUCUCUGAGUUCAGAAAGGUUUCUGCCAUUGUGGGUCAGAUUGUCACUGGAUGCCUUAACCCUAUUAUUUAUGGUGCUCAGUCUCAAGAAAUACGAAAGUUUAUAACAAAGUUAAUACAGCCCCAAAAACCUGUAUUAUUAUCAUGA